AGUGGCGGAGCUUAGCUUAAAGUUCAAACGCUCUUGCACCCUGCCUCACAGUAUUGCUAACCAGGGGAUCUGAUAAGAUAGUUGAAGGGUGAAGUUACCUUUGCUCCUGCACUGCAAUCAGUAGCGUUCUUAGCUUUCAGGUGGCCCCCACUGGCUACCUUGCUGUGGCGCUUUCGAGACAUAGAAUCGUCCUUUUCACAGCAGAAGAUGCUGUUUAAUCUGAGGAGCCUGCUGAACAACACCGCACUUCGGAAUGCUCCCAAUUUCAUGGUGCGACAUUUUGGGUGUGGCAAACCAGUACAGAAUAAAGUACAGCUGAAGGGGCGUGACCUCCUCACUCUCAAAGACUUUACAGGAGAGGAAAUUAAAUACAUGCUCUGGCUAUCAGCAGAUCUGAAAUUCAGAAUAAAACAGAAAGGAGAGUACUUACCAUUAUUGCAAGGGAAGUCCUUAAGCAUGAUUUUUGAGAAACGAAGUACUCGGACAAGAUUGUCCACAGAAACAGGCUUUGCACUUCUGGGAGGUCACCCUUGUUUCCUUACCACACAAGAUAUCCACUUGGGAGUGAAUGAAAGCCUCACAGACACAGCCCGUGUGUUGUCUAGCAUGACAGAUGCAGUGUUGGCUCGAGUGUAUAAACAAUCAGAUCUGGAUAUGUUGGCUAAAGAAGCAUCCAUCCCAGUGGUCAAUGGGCUCUCAGAUUUGUACCACCCUAUCCAGAUCCUGGCUGAUUACCUUACACUUCAGGAACACUAUGGCUCUCUGAAAGGUCUUACUCUCAGCUGGAUUGGGGAUGGGAACAAUAUCCUGCAUUCCAUCAUGAUGAGCGCAGCGAAAUUUGGAAUGCACCUUCAGGCAGCUACUCCAAAGGGUUAUGAGCCAGAUCCUAGGAUAACCAAAUUGGCAGAGCAGUAUGCCAAGGAGAAUGGUACCAAGCUGUCACUGACGAAUGAGCCGUUGGAAGCCGCGCGUGGAGGCAAUGUAUUAAUUACAGACACUUGGAUAAGCAUGGGACAAGAAGAAGAGAAAAAAAAGCGACUCCAGGCUUUCCAAGGUUACCAGAUUACAAUGAAGACUGCUAAAGUUGCUGCCUCUGACUGGACGUUUUUACACUGCUUGCCCAGAAAGCCAGAAGAAGUGGAUGAUGAAGUGUUUUACUCUCCACGAUCACUGGUGUUUCCAGAGGCAGAAAACAGAAAGUGGACAAUCAUGGCUGUCAUGGUGUCCCUGCUAACAGAUUACUCACCUCAGCUUCAGAUGCCGAAGUUUUGAUGACAUGACAUUUCUCAAGAGAAGGACACUGUUCUUCAGUGAUAGAAUGGACGAGCUUAUGGAGAAAGGAGAAAAGAGUGUAAGACAUAAACAAAUUCCUAACGUGUGGUGUGAAGGAGCUAGCUGCAUGCUAGUGCUUUGCCAUGGUGAAGUGCUGAGGUACCAUAAUUCUUGGCUUGAUUUAAACUCUAAUUUACAAUUUUUCUGAGGUACAUUUUGGUAUUAUAUUAAUUACUGUACACAUUUGCCUCAAAUAAACAUAAAAUACUAUGUUCAUAUUGUACAACAUCUAAGCUAUUAAAUGUAAUCUUGGCUUAUUACCUUAAUAAAUGAUCACCCAGGCUAAUUUAUAAGUAAACACUUAACAGGCAUUCAGACCUGUGAGCUGUGAUUAUAUGUUCCCCAGGACCAAUAAACAAGCCAAAUGAUACAUCCUGCACAGGUGGCACAGCUUUCAGACCAAUAAAGUAGACAGAUACUCACUUGUGAAUGCAAAGCAUGAAAUUCUUAGAAAGUAGCUGUUACUGUGCCCAAAGUCUAGAUUCAUUUCCAGUCAUGGGUGCAAAGCCCCUUUCAAGAUCAUGUACCUCUUUUUGUUAGUGAAUACUUAAUGUUACAAGUCAAAAAGAAGCCUCUGUUAGCAAGUGUUGAAACCCUGGAGACCCAGUCAGCUAAGCAAGUUCCAUUACAGAGUAACAUCUUCUUAAGCUCAAGUUCUCCAAUACAACUUUCUCACAUCCGCGUGCUUCUCUUACAUCUACUUAUACCCACACUGGAGGUUUCCCUAACUCUACACCUUGCUGCAUUUUAGCUUGUCUUUUCCCUCCAAUUGUUUGGAAUAAUCAGAAUUUGUGUUAUUGAAUUAUUCUUGUGUAUUUGGAAUUUGAUUUCUCUUAAGAGUGAAUAAAGCUUGUAUUGUUGAAUUGUUAUAUAAUUUGACAAAAUUUAGUUAGAAUGUUAAAUCGCCUAAGUGGAAUUAAAAAAAAAUUAAUAACACAUUUUACAAAAUUUUUUUAAAAAAUGUAUUUCUUUAUAUUCCAACUCUACUAUUAGAAGAUGAUUUCCAUGUUGGUUGAGUGAUAAUCUUCAGCAGAUAACUAUCGUUUAAAUGAGGAAGCAA